AAACGUUUCAAUGCGAAGGGGUUGAAAAUUCCCACUUUUACAGAAUGCAGCCAGCAACCGAAAGUGAAGUAAUGGAAACGAAACAAUCUUCUACUAAAGUAUCUCGUCGAAAAAACGAACCCGUGUACAUUGGCAUUUGCAUCUGAGAACGCGAUUAGCGUUUUUGGCUGGUGUCAACUGCCUGAAGCAGAAUGGUCUUGGGAAAUAAACACCUGGCACAUCACCAUAUACUGCUCAUUCUGAUGUACGUCUUCAGAGGUCAUACACUUCAAUGUCAUCAAACUGAGUAUCAGCUCGACGAGAAUCAAUGUUGUCCAAAGUGUCCAAUUGGAAGUCAAGUUAGGAACGACUGCACCAAACGUGGCAGCACAUCAUGCCGGCUGUGCCUGAACGGAACCUACAUGAAUAUCCCGACUGGCCUCAAAAACUGCUUCCCGUGCACAAACUGCAAUGCAGGAUCUGGUCUGACAAUAAAGAAGGUGUGUACCAGGGAGUCAGACGCAGUGUGUGAACCACUUGAUGGCUUCUUCUGUGUGGACCAAGUUGGGGACGGCUGCCUUGAAGCAUGGAAACACACAGACUGUCAACCAGGACAAUACAUAGGCCAAAGAGGAACACCAUUUACAGACACCAUAUGUAAAGACUGCAUUGGCGGCACCUUUUCGAAUGGAACUCAUACAUUUUGUCAGCCACACACAAAAUGUAAAUCCGAAAAUCUUCUCAUAAAACGGGGCACAGCGUCAACUGAUGCUGAAUGCGGCCGAAAAAAAAUUCCCAUAUGGAUUAUUGUCAUUGCCAUUUGGAGUUUCUGUGUGUUAGUUGCUGUCCUGAUCUGCUUUAUCAGAAAUCGGAAAGUACAGUAUGAAAUUGGAUGACAACAGAAAUCUAUAGAGUUGGCCAGAGGUCAUGAUGGUCUCAUGGUUAGCACCCUGCUUUGUGGCUGCAGCAAUUCUGGUUCGAAUCCUGAUCAUGGCAUGUGGACAGAUUAUAUUUGACCUGUGGGUGGACCGGUGGGCCAGUGGUUUGAGUGUUGACCUCACAGUCACAAAAAAUGAUUAUUAUUAUUUUAAGAACAUGUUUAAUUUAUUGUAUAAAUUUCUCCAAUUUAUUGAUUUUAGUUUUGUUUUUUUAAUUUUGAUAAAGUUUUUUUUCAAAUUAAAUCAAUUGAUAUUUUUUGUGAAUUUUAAAUAAAUGACACUUUCUUUUUGUAACCUUUUUGUAAUUACUUGUUUGAGCUCAAAUAAUACUGUACACUACACCAAGUUUUGCCCAUACACACAGUAUCAACCGAAACCGAGUUUAGGUCCGUUUUGACAGAGUGGAAUCAGUUGAUGAGAUCUGAUUCUGUGUGAAAACAUUAUUGCCACAGUUACCUUGAAAGAGUAACUUUGUUACUUUUCUGAUAUCUUGCUUUAACCAAGUUCAAUGACAAGUUUCCGGUACUUGUUUUAACAGUUACAUACAGCAGCUAACGACCACACUGCUGAGAACAAUGAGACCCGUUUUUUCCACUUAAUUGUGCGUUUUAACAGAGUUUGUUUUAAUCAAAAAUAAAAUAAAGACAGCAACCGUUUUGAAUUGUUUUAUUUUAGAAAAAAUCGGUCUUUUCAGAAUUUCACUAAACAAAUAUAUUUUUAAUAAUUUGUAAAAUUAGGGGAGUCUUAUUGUUCUGACACAAAACUCAUCAUUUACCAUAUACAUUGUUUAUAACUACAACGAUGACAUUGACCUCUUGCAGUUCCACAAUCUAGUGUGAUUGCAUACUGCCCUGCGAUCGUUUAUUUAUUUGUCCGAGUGUUAUGAAAACUACGAAGAUAACGCUCUACCGACGAAUCAGUGUGUAACAAACAUUUGUUUUUAUUUUUAGAUGACAUAAACUUAAAGUGGUGAGUGAUCUUCCAUCUUUAAAAGGCAUCUCUCUCUCUCCUUUCGCUGUUUAUGGACGCGAGUCUCACCGCUGAAAACGAUGAUGUCACUCCUUCAGGCGUGAAUGUUUAUUUGACUACACUCAACAAUAUUUAUUACCAACGUUUCCAUUUAUUACGUGUUCUAUUCUGUACCUGUGUACUGACUUUAGUUUUCAUCAAGUGUCCUCCUGUAUUUUAUUAUUCAUUAAAGAUUGUUGUU